UCAUCUUAUGGGGUUCCAAUGGGAUGCGAUUGUUUGGAUCCUCUUGAAGUUACAACGGAUUCACUUGAAGUUGAAAAGGUGUUUUCAGCAGAUGGUGUCUUUGAAAUCGGUCGAAUUACUAGAAAAUCAAGCCACGUUGUACAAGAGUUAAUCACAAAUGCGGACACGUUCGUCGCCACAUUUCCUAUCGAUUUGGAGGUUCGGCUGAAAGCUGUAUUACUCUGUUCGGUCUUUUUCUUAUCCUUUGCGCUGCGCUUCCAUAGUUUCAUGACUCCAUCCUUCCAGCCGCGAUCAAAAAGCAAUGUGAUCUUGGUGAACGCAGGUUUGGCGAGCCGUACAUCAACGCUUUUCAUACGUGAUGGCAACUGA